AUGGAAGGUCCUGGUGCUCAUGACCACCACCAAUACGCUAUUGACGAGGUCAUCUACCCGCCCAGUCCUGGUUGGUCAAUGUCAGAGCCAGAACUACAGACGCAAGCCGUCAUUGAUGCCGGAAGACGUUGGACACGAGUGUGGACCAUCUGGAGAUAUCCAUCCUCUGCACUAUGGAGUAGCAUGGCACUACCCAUGCCUACUCACUCACCCCAACACUUUACACAAACGUCACAUGAGCUGAGGGAUGCAUUGAGGUGGGCAAAGCAAGAAGGACCCUGUGGACCACCUCCGCAUCUCGGUGCGGGGAUCCAACAGCUCUCGCAGCUCAAGCUGAUGAUCUGCAUCAAGGGUCUACCCGGCACGGCACUUUCAAUCCUGCAGUCACUGGACCGGUCGUCUUACUGUGUACAGACUCGGAGCCUGUUACCUAUUUACCUACCUAUCAGAAUAGGGCCUCACAGCAUUUUGCAUGUUCAAAGCCCUCCAUUACAGCCAAUCACCGUGGAGCCUCGCCCGCGCCGCCUAGACUUUUUCAGUCUCCCUUACGAGCUCCGCCUAGACAUCUACGAGCUCCUACUCCUCAACCCGGAGCCCAUUAUCGUGUCGAGCAGCCGCCGCCAGCUCCACGUCAAAGUUGAGCCGCCGGAGCACCAAGUCGCCUACCUACGGGCUCCCCGCCCGAGACCUCGCGUCGUAUCGCUGACCCAUAGGAAACCUCACGUCGAGGUCCUACGGACAUGCAGGCAGAUCGAACAAGAAGCCACCCCGAUACUCUAUGGCCGCAAUGACUUCGUUGUCGGAUUGAGGCUACGGGCGACGCAGAGCCACCGGAUGGACCCCUUUAUCCAAUAUCUGCGUUCAUCGACACUGCUUCAGCUCCGCUCAGUCACAUUUCGGCCGGGCUGUUGUUGUGAUCAGUGGCUCAAGUCUCUUGGUAGCGGCCAGAAUGUCGCAAGCAUGAUAAGCCGUAUGCAGCUCAUUGAGCAGAGAGAUCACCAGCAAGUAUUUUGGGACAUCGAGACAGCCCUGUGGCAGAAUGUUGUGGGCAAGAGCAGAAGGCUGGCCUUCACGUCAUACUGGUGUCAAAACCUUAAUGAGCCGAAAAAGGGGUUGUUAUAUGAUUAUGAAAAGCUCUUGUCACUCGAGUCAGCCCCAGAAGGAACAUUGGGAGCCAUCAGUGUUCUGUUGCGGUGUAACUGUCAUAAUAAUGCUCUUCAAUGUUUCUUGUGA